UGCGGUCUGAAAUGGCAACAGCUCGUCGUGGAUCACUCAAGUGGAGUCAAUUCAAGUGGAAAGCUGCAGCCUGUUGCGCGCAGUCCUCUCUCUGGGGGAAAAAAAAAAACUCACAGUCCACGAGGGAUGUUGUGACACUUUCCACGGAGCAAAAGAAGAGACAGAGAGACCACCACGUUAAAAACCUGGACGUACAGUUGCUGCUGUUCUCCCACCCCUCUCACUCCCUCUCCUCUCUCCGUCUCUCGCCCACCUCUAAGACUUUGAACCUGUUUGUUUAAAUCCAGGAACUUUACCGCCUGCACACCCGCGGCAGUUUCCCCCAAGGCAGAGCCAGCGAACUUUGCUGUUCAAGUCGGAAUUUGCCGGUGUCUCCACGGAGCCUUGAUGCUGAGGUGCACGCAGGAGUAAGAAGUUUUGGGGACGAACUGCGCGCGCUGUCCUGGACCAUGGAUUCAACAGGUGAACCGGAGACGUAGCCUACUGAAGACGCAGAUCUCCCUCGGGAGAGUCGUCCCCUCCUCCCGGGGCGAUGCGGAUCCCCUUGCCCCUCCUUACCGCCUCUCUCUGCGCCAUGGUUCUCCUCCUGCUGCUCGCACCUGUCUCGGAGGGCUGCGGACCUGGGAGGGGGUACGGGAAGAGGCGGCUUCCAAAGAAGCUCGUCCCGCUGGCCUACAAGCAAUUCAGCCCGAAUGUGGCCGAGAAGACCCUGGGCGCGAGCGGGCGCCCCGAGGGUAAAAUUACGCGCAACUCGGAGCGCUUCAAGGAGCUGACACCAAACUACAACACCGAUAUUAUCUUCAAGGAUGAAGAGGACACAGGCGCGGACAGGCUCAUGACCCAGCGCUGCAAAGACAAGUUGAACUCUUUGGCGAUCUCUGUGAUGAACAUGUGGCCUGGGGUGAAGCUGAGAGUGACGGAGGGCUGGGAUGAGGACGGCCAUCACUCGGAAGACUCACUGCACUAUGAGGGACGUGCUGUUGACAUCACCACCUCAGACAGAGACAGAAACAAGUAUGCCAUGUUGGCUCGGCUCGCUGUUGAAGCUGGAUUUGACUGGGUCUACUAUGAGUCCAAAGCCCAUAUUCAUUGUAGCGUCAAGUCAGAACAUUCUGUGGCCGCCAAAACUGGUGGUUGUUUCCCAGGUGAUGCUCUUGUUACUCUCGAGAGCGGAGUCACCAAACAAAUGCGUGACCUUCAUCCUGGUGACUGCGUUUUGGCUUCCUCGACAACAGACGGUCGUGGUCCGCUCCUCUACAGUCCAGUAUUAUCCUUUUUGGAUCUCCAGCCUAACAUCACAAAGAUGUUUACCCUCAUCGGAACCAACACUGGACUUAAUAUCACACUCACGGCAGCACACAUAAUGUUCAUCACUGACUGUGUGGCCAGACUCAGCAAAGAUGGUGUGAGGACAACGUUCGCCAGUGAGGUGAAGCCGGGUCAGUGCAUUCUGACCUCGCAAGGAAAUGAGACGUCUCAAGCUGUCGUCACUUUUGUAGAGGAGAGGCAGAGCACUGGGUUGUAUGCCCCACUGACCCAGCACGGGUCUAUAGUAGUGAACAGUGUUUUAGCAUCAUGUUACGCUGCCGUGGACAACCAUCAUCUAGCCCAUUGGGCGGUAGCCCCACUGCGUUUUGUCCACACCGUAAUGGGUCCUGCACAACAACAAACUGAUGGAGUGCACUGGUACCCUUGGCUUCUGCAGAGGGUUGGGGAAAUGCUCCUGGACCCCAAACACUUUCACCCUUUGGGACCUGAGCGAGGACUUUGACAGAAGAAAGAAUAUAUUCAAGUCAUCUUAAAUAUAAGUAUUUAAGAACCCCAAACCACAGAAAAAAAGCUUUCCACCAAAGUGUAGGGGGGGGCAGUUUUAUACCAUAGAUGUGUUGUUUUACUCACUCCACUUGUCUCUAUGCUGUAAGAUACAAACAGAGAAAAUUAAUUCCAAUUUCAUUUGUUUUUUGCAUAUGAGCAUUUAGUAAUGUUACUUUCAAUGCUUUAUUGAGACUCAGGUGUGCCAGUAAACUAUAUAUUAGUAAGCACUUGGUUAUCAGUCACACAUUAUAUGCACAAAAGUGUUGUAACGUAUGAGAAACUACGUAAUAUUCAUGUAGAGCAGUUCAAUUGUGGACCACCAUGACUGUAGCCCAGUGCACACAAAAAAAAGAUCUGCAAAGGUCUGUUUGGUUGAGUUUGACUUGGAAGAAUUAGAUUUUCGUCAUCUCACCCUGAUCAGGGACUGUAGGGAUGAACUAGAACUCAAACUGUAGGACAAAACCUUUCUCAGCUGUGUUCGCUGACCUCAUAAUGUUAUUGUGAGUGGGUAUACAAGAAAAGUCCCCAAAAUGCACUUCAAAAGCCUACGCUAUUAUUCCCAAUACCAUUCUCCUUCUUUUUUUAUUUUUUCUCAUAAUUCAGUUUCACCUUAGAGCACCUUACCAUUCAAAAUCAUGUUUUUGUGGCAUAUUAAUAGAAGAGGACAGUCAACAGUUAAAUUCUUCAUUUGUACUGUUUUAGUCUGCAAGAUGAAACGUACGGUUCCGUUUUUGUUCUGUUUUUUUUUUUUUUUUUUCCUGAGCUGCCAGUGCCAUGCCCCAUGUUAGGCCGCAAUUGCGGUUUCUGUAAUCCAUAGCAUUUACAGGAGCAGGUGAUUGCCCCACUAACCAACCGAAGUACCUGGUAUACCUAGGUGGUCUCACAUCAAAGUACUAUCAGGACUGACGCUGCUUAGCUUCCGAUAUCAAAAGAGAUCGGGCAUUCCCGGGCUAGUUCUCAGGCUCUACUGAUACUAUAAGUAAAAGUUAAUUAAUUUUGGUACAGCUUGUUA